AUGUCACAUUUUGGCGAUUUCAUGGACGGAGUGCCCGUUAAAAUAUCGGAAAAAUACAAAAAACCUCCAAGUAUUGAGCUACCGUACACCUUAAUAGAAUGCCCAAUUAGAGCUCAAAAUGUUGUGGACAACGUUAAAUAUUGUUCUAGUUUCGAGUCGAAUGUCCUUAUCAAGGUUAAAGAGCUGCGAAGGAUUAAGGAGACGAAGAAAAACGAAAGGAAACAUCGAUUACAGCUGUUGGAAGAAGCAAAACAGAAGAAGUUGGAUGCCAUAGCUUUGGCAGAGGAAAAAGAAAGGUUGAAACAACUUAAUGUGUCUGAAGUGUCUUACCCUAGUACAGACGAGAUAAAUCCACUGACUUCGGAUGAGAAAAAUGAAAUUAACUGUGAUAUUAACAUAGGUGAUACAAAAGAAACCGCUGAAGUUAGCAUAACAGAUAUUAAUAUAAUACCUGCAACAACUGCAAAUGAGUCGCAGAACAUUCUUCAACCAACACUUGUUAAGUUUAAUUAUGAAGGAAGUCUUUUAGAUGACCCUGAUCCAUUAGAAACAUACAAAUUAAAUGCUAAAGUGAGCAAAAUUCAGUACAAUCACAAUAUAGACACCUUGACGUAUAGAGAUUUUGAAAAUGAUACAUCCAGCCCUUUUGAUAAUGUUGAGUUGAAAACUAUAAAUGAUAUGGAGUUACUAGCUCAAGUAUUACAAAGUCAAAAAGAAUCUGUUGUCAGCUGUUCACAACAACCCCAUUUAAUAGAGCAAGGUUAUGGGGUACCUAACUGUGCUUCUCAAGCUCAAGUAGGAAUUUCUUACUUACCUAAUUCAUAUGUGGAGCAGCCAACACAAGAGCAAGGCUUGGUGUAUACACAUCAUUAUCCAAGUAAUUACUAUGCUCCAGAAUUGGAUAAUGCUAAUGUUCCACAGAAUUACCAGUACAAUGCCUCUCCUAACCUUUACACAGUACCCAAUUAUUAUAGUAAUCAAGUGAUAUCAGCAGAUAUAAAAGUUUCUAAUGAUGCACAGUGUUCAUCCCAGCCUUACUAUUAUCAGUAUUCACCAGCUCAGUAUCAAUUAGGCUAUAAACCCAAUGAAAUUGAGGAGCACUCACCACAAAAUCCUAUAAAAACGGAAACUUGUAAAGUAGAGGAACUGCCCAGUUCUCAGAUAGUAAAGUCAAGGUCCCGUAGUGUACCAGAUAUUGUCAAGGAACUAAACGAAGAGCUUGCCAAAUUAAAAAUGAAUGAUAGAUCUUACAACGUAAGCCCCGCUCCAGCAAACAUUCCACAGCCAUCUUCCAGCAAACAGAAGAAGAGUGAAAGAAGAAGAAAGAAAUCUGAGCAUUUACCCAAUCCCUAUGAUAAGUUGCCUCCUAAACUUCAAGGCAUGUGUCAGAGAAUACACGGGAUGGGGUUCUCUUUGGACAGGGUUGUGAGAGUAUGUACAUUAGUAGGUGAAAAUGAUAAAAAGGUGAUCGAAUGCCUUCUGGUCGUGGGUGAGAUGAUGGAUCUAGGCUUUUCGGAGGCGAGUGUGUUAUCAGCACUCGCUAAGCACGACUUCAACAGGGAUAAAGCGAUUGAUGAACUAGUAACGUAAAUUGUUAAGAGUGAGGUAAUUUAAUAAUGUAUGUAAAUGUGAAAGAAUAAUCUAUAUUACAGAG